CUGACUUUAUCCGACUGAGGCCCUCAACGCUGAAAAUGGGCGAAUCGGGCUAUCGAACUGCAAGCCCGAAAUUCAUUUCAGGCCCAAACAUGGAUUCGUUUAGCCCUCUCUCCGAGCCCAUUUGGGCCCGUUCCGAUUCGCACUUCUUCGAUCCUCCGUCCUACUAGGGUCUCCAACGCCCGAUUUUCAAUUCCUUUCGCUUCUAGUUGUCUUCCUAUGGCGUCCCCACCAAACCCUAACAACUCGCAGCCCGCCGCCGUUGACCAGCGCCGCCUGCAAUUUGUUCCGGUUGAUUUACCUCUCUCUUCUCCUAUGGUAGAUGCAAGUCCUGACGCCAUAGUGGAUAUAACCAGUCUGACUGAAGCAACCACAGGUGAGAAACGAAAAAGAGAAGGAAGAUUAAGAUCUAUCGUUUGGCAACACUUCACGAAGCUAAUAAAGGAGGAUGGAACUUGUGAGAAAUGCAAGUGUAAUCAUUGCCAUAAACUUUUUACUUCUUCAACCCGAAGUGGAACUACUCAUUUGCUUCGUCAUAUAAGUGAAGGAAUAUGUCCUGUAUUUAAGAAAGUCAAAAAGGAAAACUCGCCAACAGUUUUCAGCUAUAUGAGUGGUAGCAUAGACCGAAAAGUUGGUAUUAACCCUUGGAAGUUUGAUCAAGAACUGGAUCAUGCAUCCAUGGAACAGUCAAUUGAUGCGCACGAUGAUUUGUUGUCGGUGGGAUUAGAUGAUAUUGAACGUCAAACAUGCACUACAUCAGAAGGUGACUAUGGUCGCCAAACAUCAAUGCCCGUAUCUUAUAAACUUCCUCAGCAGCCUGCCAUGAAGUCCCAGCCUAUUGCAGCAUCAUGGAUGAGUGAGUUGAGGACUUGUGUAGGUAAACUCGUUGAACUCACAAAUGAACGAGUGUCAAAGCCUAGCGUGGAUAAGACUUGUGUGACUGUUAGCACACCCGAUUUAUCUAUAUCUUCUGUUGUGAAGUGCUUGAAUGAGAUGGAGGAUAUCCCACAAUCAAGUGCAAUGUAUUUAGAUGCGUUGGAUAUCGUAAGGGAUCCAGAAGAAAGAGAGUGUUUCAUUUGUUUAAACCCAGAGCCGCGUAGGAGAUGGCUGCAAAGGAUGUUACAUCGUCGUUUUCCCUUACGCUAUAGCACCGAUGUUUGAUCAACUGUAAGUACUCAACAACCAACUGCUAAAAAACAAUCAGCUUCUGGGAGAAUAUCAUUUGAUAACCGUGACGACUUUACAUGAACAGUUGUUUUUGUUGGUUAGAACUGGAAAGAUGCUUGACCAUGUUUGUUAUCAAAGCUUUGGUGCUGUACAAUUUCUGUUGUUUCAAAUGAGAAUACAUACUAGAAAAACCGAAAGUAUUUGGAAGCUUAUUGAUUGUGCUAUCUGAAUAUCAAGAAUAAAGAAGAUUUAUUUGCUACA